CAAACUGAGACCCUUGAAUUUUUUACGUGGAAUUGAAGAUGGCUGAUAAAGUUGCGUCACCAGUAGUUGCCCCGGCGACGGGUUCACCUGCUCCUCCAAAGGCAGAGGUAGCCAAGAAAGCACCAAAGGUGAAGAAUUCAAAGACUAAGGCAACUCAUCCGAGUACAGCUGACAUGGUCAAUACCGCUGUCAAGACUCUUGCUGAGCGUAAUGGAUCAUCCCUUCAGGCUAUCAAGAAGUACAUCGCUGCAAACUACAAGAUCGACACCACGAAACAUGCUCUCUUCAUCAAGAAGUACCUAAAAUCAGCAGUUGUUGCCGGAACCCUGGUGCAGACUAAAGGAAGUGGUGCAUCUGGAUCCUUUAAACUCGCGGUGAAGAAGACAGACGUGCCGAAGCCAAAGCCCAAGGCCCAAGCUCCCAAGAAAGAAGGAUUACCGAAGAAGGCAGCGAAGAAGACCGAAGCAGCAAAGCCUAAAGCCAAGAAAGCAGCUUCUCCUAAGAAAGCUGCGGUGAAGAAACCAGCUGCUGAGAAGAAGAUUGCCAAGCCGAAGGAAGUAGCAAAAGCUGCGGCUAAACCAAAAAGCCCUAAGGCGAAAAAGGCUACGAAAGGACCAACUGCUAAACCCAAGGCGCCAAAACCGAAAAAGCCUACUAUUCCAAAAACCAAAGCAGCGGCUAAGAAACCAGCCCAGAAGAAGUGAAUUGAAUAUACUAAUUCAAUUUAACCAUGAUUAUAAUCAAACGGCCCUUUUCAGGGCCAACAAU